AAAUAGCUGUGCUCGAGUCCAGCAGGUGGCUGUAAUGCGCCUCAAAGUUGGAUGCCAAACACCGCGAAGCGAACAAGAGAGAGAAAUGUAGGAUGCUUUUCGUUUGCCGGCUGUGCUCGUUCUUCCUCUAAUAAAUAACCCAGUAAUUUGGUUUUCUUGGUUUUCUUUGAACCGGCUCUUUGUUCUCCCACAUAGACUGGGUAGCACAGCUUAGCUUUCUCGUAGCUAACUAAUGAUAUCAAACCGAGCUAGGUGUUAGCUAGCUAGCCGGCUGCAUAGCUACCAGCGGUUUGUUGACUGAAAAAGCGAGUGAGGCCUACCGGAUCCUCGGUCGUUACUGCGGAGGCUCUACCGACGACAGUGGACUGCUGCAUUUUGAUGUUCGGAGUGUUUCAGAUAUAAAAACCACUUAGUACCUGGGGAAAAGAUGGAAGCUCCACCAGUUACAGUGAUGCCUGUCACCGGGGGCACAAUCAAUAUGAUGGAAUACCUGCUGCAAGGCAGUGUGCUAGACCAGGCCCUGGAAAGCCUCUUGCAUCGCCUUCGAGGUCUGUGUGACAACAUGGAACCUGAGACCUUUACAGAUCAUGAAUUGGUUUAUCUUCUCAAGGGCCAACAAGGAAACCCUUUCAUCCUGCGUGCCCGACGCUCCCUCUCCCACCCAACGUCUCCAUGGCACCUACGCUACCUUGGCCAACCUGAAGUGGGAGACAAGAGUCGCCAUGCUCUGGUGCGCAACUGUGUUGACGUGGCUGCUUCUCACAGCCUGCCAGAGUUUCUGAAUGAGAUGGGCUUCCGCAUGGACCAUGAAUUUGUGGCCAAUGGCCACAUAUUCCGCAAAGGUGCUAUGAAAAUUGUAGUGAGCAAGCUGUCGCGCAUCCUUGUGCCGGGGAACACAGACAACACAGAACGGCUAUCACUUUCGUACCUGGUGGAGCUGAGUGUGUUGGCUCCUGCUGGCCAGGACACUGUUUCGGAGGACAUGCGCAGCUUUGCCGAGCAACUCAAACCCCUGGUUCACCUGGAGAAGAUUGACCCCAGCAAACAGAGACAUUGAAUGACAUCUUUGACUAUGAUGGACAAAUUAGACUUCCAUUUUUAUACCAUGUUUCCAUUCUCCCUUUUUCAUUAAAUACAUUGCAACUUUGACUUAAGUGCUACACUCCUGGUUGUUUGUUAUUUUACGUGGUAAUUGACUCUUGAGUGUCUACAAAAUGUUACUGCAUGAGUUUCCACCAUAGCAUGGUCACAAAAGUUUAGCCUUAUUACAGUUUCACCAAUGAAUACAGCAGAGAUGUGUUUAAAGUCAUUGCUAUUUAAUAUAAGUUAUUAAAUUCAUCGUAUAUUCAUAAGGGUGCACCUGCAGAAAUCCUCUCCUGUGCAGUAGAGUUUGCUAUGUGUAAAGAAGAAAAAAUAUUGCUGUGUUUGGAAAUGAAUAGAAGAAAUGUAAGAAGAUGGUGCCUGCAAUGAGUGUAAAGCAGUAAAAGAAUGCUUUGGUAAAAUAA